GGUCAACAUUAAAGUCUUCUGUAAAAGUUUUCUGCUCUGUUUACAGCUCAGUUGCAUAAUAACUAUGUUUUAUUACCAGCAGGGAUCCAAAGUUAAAGGUUAAAUGCAGUUACUGUUUCCAGCUUUAAAAGGAAAGUGAAAUGGAGCGUUCUGCUGAGAUAAAAGAUGUUGUUCUUUAUGGCCGGUUUGGAGACUUGAUUGAAUUCUCGUAUCCUAUUGGCUUCUCUCACUGGGGCAUGUAUGAAGGAGAUGGCCAUGUGGUGCACUUUGCAGUAGGAGAUGAAAGCGAGCUGCAGAGGAGGUUCCGGGUUCAUGUGCUGCAGAAAGUCUUUCCCUCCUCCGGUAACAUUCUUCUCGGGCAAACUAUGAUCCGGCGGGAGCAGCUCGCGCAGGUUCCAGUGCCUACAGGAGCUCGUAUCAAGAUCAGCAACAGCAGCCAUGACUGCACAGCAAGUGCAGCUACAGAUAUGAGGAGGAGACUGUAUGGCCUGCUGGGGGAAGUUCUGGAGUACAACCUGUUAACUCUGAACUGUGAACAUUUUGCCACAUUUGUGAGAUAUGGAGUGGCAGUGUGCAAUCAGAUUCCACUUCACAAAGACAAAGAGCAGAGGUCAGCAACAGCACUGUUCCAGGAGAUUAUAGCUAAGAAGACUGUGAGCACCAAGUUCUGAAAGCCCUGUAUAAUUUAUGCAGCUUAUAUAAUUCAAUAUUAGGAUAAAUAUUAGAAAUUAUUAUUAGUGUGAUGAACUGCAUAGAAAUAAAUGAGUUUUUUAAUCAGAAUACAGCAACUAUUGGCCCUCAAAACUAUAAUGUUAAUCAUUAUGUAUGCAAUGUAAUGUAAUGUAAUUUUAUAUUUUUACUUGCAUGCAUUUGUCCAUCCUGUCAUGACAAGUUAGACAAGAAAAUGAGUGAAAAAUAGCAUUUAUUGGAAACGAGGUCCACCUAGACUGGCAAACAUGAUGUAUUCUUCAUGGUGACCUUGAUCUGUUUUAAAUAUACCUUUUAAUAUUUUUAUUACCCUUAUGUUAAUAAUUGCUUAACAUACAGCAAAUGUCCCUUUAAAAUAAAACAGGCUAAAUGGAUAAUUGAACUGUCUAAAUUAUUUAAAAAAAAUAAAUGAUGUGCAUGUGGGCCCUCUGUGGGUUUAUGAUAGAAUAUUUCAUGGUCCACAACCAUGGUCACCAAUUUUGGACCUAUUUGUUCCACUUGAGCCCCUAAGUUUUAGUGGACACUGUUGGGAGGUAGAGUGUAAUAAAUAUUCAAUGUUGUCACGCUACCAUCUAGUGUUCAGUUUAGU